AUGUAUCAUCCAAUAAGUUUUUGUGUUAAACUUCAACUUCAUUUUGGUGGUGAUAUACAUGAAAUAUCUGUACCUGCCUAUGGUGGUGCCGAACCAACUGUUGAAGAUUUAAUGAAUGCAGUAGAACAUAAUUUUCGUGUACCACGUGCACUGCAAAAUCUUGUCUUUCAAGGACAAGAAUUACAUUCACGAUCAAAUGAACCAUUAAGUCGUUUUGGUAUUAGAAAUGGAGUUCCUAUUCGAUUGGUAGGUCGAAUGGUUCCACCGGAUAAAGUUAAUCAGAUCAAUGCUCAAUACAAUAUUCAUUCAUAUCAACAACCAUAUUAUACUCAACAAUCUAAUACAAUUCCAACAUUUCAUACUGAUGAACAAAAUUUACCAUAUUAUCCUGAACAAUAUAAACAUGUAGAAAAUUCAUCAGUUGGUACUCAAUACGAUCCACCUCUAUUUUCUCCUGAUAAAAAUCAAUCGUCUCCAAUGGCAGAUCAAGGACAAAUAUCUGAACGUUCAGAUAGUGAUGAACAUCAACCACCAGCUACACCUAAUUCAUCCAAAACAAAAUGA